AUGAGAGUACAUGUGUUUGGUAAUAGCCCCUCGCCUGCUGUUGCUACAUAUGGACUUAGGAAGUCUGUGGAACUUGGACCAGUGCCGUCAGAGGUAAAGCAGUUUGUAGAAAGAGAUUUCUAUGUUGAUGAUGGUCUCAUAUCUUUGCCUACAGUUGAUAAGGCAGUGAAUCUGAUGAAAAGUACUCAAAAGGUCUUGCUGGCAAAUGGUAAUAUGCGUCUACAUAAAAUAACCUCGAACAAUGACAGGGUUAUGAACGCCUUCCCAACAGAUGACCUUGCCAAAGAUCUUAAAGAUCUAGACCUUGGUGUGGACUCUCUACCACAACAAUGUAGCCUUGGUUUGAUUUGGGAUCUUGAAACAGAUACUUUUGGCUUUCAAGUGUGUACAGAAGAGAAACCUUUCACUAAAUGGGGAAUCCUAUCAACUAUUAACAGUCUUUUCGACCCUAUUGGAUUUGUUGCUCCAGUUGACUUGCACAUUCCGCAUACCUACAUCCCAGUCUCUCUGGAGGCUGUUAAAAAGAGAGAAGUACACAUCUUUUCUGAUGCCUCAGAACAAGCUAUAGCAGCAGUAGCUUACUUAAAGACCACAUACCAUGAAGAGAACCACCAUCUUGGAUUUCUUCUAGGUAAAGCAAAAGUAGCCCCUAGAAGUGGUCACACUAUACCACGUCUGGAGCUUUGUGCAGCUGUGUUGGCUGUCGACAUUGCAGAGUUGUUGUCGAAGCAGUUGGACAUUCCACUCAAUGACUUCCAUUAUUACACAGAUAGUAGAAUCAUUCUUGGUUACAUCCACAACCAAACUAGAAGAUGUUAUGUCUACAUCUCAAAUCAAGUACAACGCAUUAGGCAGUCUUCAAAGUCUGAACAAUGGAGAUACGUUUCAACAAAUUCUAACCCAGCAGAUCAAGCGACUAGAUCAGUACAUGCAUCUUUGAUGUAUAGUUGUGAUUGGCUCAAUGGCCCAUCUCAUCUCUUGAGAAUCGGUAAGACAGGAGAAAAAACAUAUCCUCUCCUGGAACCAGAAAGUGACAAAGAUGUAAGACCCUUGGUCAUCCCACUUGCUACCACUGUGAAAGAGACAUUUGGUUUACAUCGUUUUGAACGUUUUUCAUCUUGGAAAAGAUUGUUAGAAACUAUCGCACAUCUCAAACAGAUUGCACGUAAUCUUCAUGAGAAGAAAGUUACGAAUCUCAACUACAAGAAUGUAAACUCUUAUGCUGAAGGAGAACAAUUCAUCAUCAGAACUGUUCAAAAGGAAAUCUAUUCAAGAGAACUGAAUUGUCUCAAGAGAAACGAACCACUGCCAAAGGUUAGCUCCAUAGUCAACCUCUGUCCAUUUAUAGACGAAAGUGGUUUACUUAGGGUAGGUGGUCGCCUUAACAGGGCAGAAUUGACUGUGGGUGAAAGAAAUCCUCUUAUAAUUCCAGGACACGGUCACAUCGCCACUCUUCUGGUGUGGCAUUUCCAUGAGGCUGUAAAACACCAAGGACACCAUUUCACCGAAGGGGCUGUACGGUCCGCUGGAUAUUGGAUAACGGGUGGUAAGAAACUGAUUUCUCCACUGAUAUACAAAUGUGUGAAAUGUCGUAAACUUCGAUGUCUGAUCUUCCCCCUGAUCAUUUAA